CCUUGACGAACGGCCUCUGCGUGUGCCACUACGCUCUGCACCCAACGUCCCCGAAUGAACUCUGAUGGCAUCGUAGGUAGCGAACGCGUCCAGUUCAAGAGGUUCGUUUAUAUUGUACAAAACAAUAAAGCAGCUUCCCGAAGAUUUGCAGCUCAACAGAGGAAUGUAAACCUUAUGACGGAAACCGCCAUUAAAAUUGACGUAUUCUUCUACCACAGUUAACCAAUUCAUUUCCUCCAACGACAACUCGAUAACAAACCACAAUCUAACUCAGGUUUUGCCAGCAAAUACGUUACCCAUUGCGCUACUACAGAUAUUACGUGCUGACGUCAGUAAAGCAUUCAAAUGUGUGCGCGCGAAGUCGCACCAUCGUAUUGCGCGACAGGAGGUCCGCUCGGCGCAUUGCAAUUUACCCGUUACCGUGUUAUGGAAAAUCUAUAUGCUGCUGCUGCUGGUGUGGGUGGUACUUUAAUCGUCGCUUUUCUCCGUCUCUCUCACUAGUGGACGUCGCGUGUAUGGGAUCGUCCCGAUGCAUUAUACCGCUGCUGGUCGCGUUUGCCGUGACGUCCACGUUCGCGUUUCCCGAUCAGGGCAAGUGGUCUUUCCACGGAGCAAAUGUGACUAAAUUCCUUACCGUUAACCACAAAAGUCUCUACCGCGGUUCGACUAUUUCAGUGAAAAUAUCAUGUCAGAGCCACCCAAGCGCGAAGAACGAGACGCCAAAGGUACAAGUGUCCUGGAAACUGUACAGAACUCCCUGCUAUCAGGAUUAUCUUGAAGUUGAAUACCUCCAUCAGGAUGAACUCGUCAUCUUAUUUGAUGGCACUCGCCAGGAUAUUAGCCAUCGAGUUUACGCGUCUCCUAAUGAGACACAUGACUGCCUUGAACAUUUCCAGCUCAAGCCACAGUUCAUACCGGAGGAAACAAUUUCACCUGCACCAACGUACCUGCCUCAAGCAAAACCGGUUUCGCUUCGAUCCACCGAAGAAGAGGAUACAGAUUUCGAAGGUCUAACUAGGGUCAACCGUGAUGGAAUUUAUAUGCUGCUGAUUAGGUUCGAAAAUGCAACAAACACUCCGUUUAACCUGUCGGUUGACGUUUCAAUGAAAGGUGAACACGGCUACCUUUCGGCUGUUGAGUGGCCCUAUUUGCCAUUUUUUGGCACUAUGUGUCUCGUAUACACAAUGUACGCCAUUGGAUGGACAUUUGUUUGCGCUCUUGCUUGGAAAGAGCUAUUGCGAAUACAGUUCUGGAUUGGCGGAGUUAUUUUCCUCGGUCUCUUGGAGAAGGCUACAUUUUACGCUGAAUACGAGAGUAUAAACAACACUGGCCACUCGGUGCGUGGAGCGAUCCUAUUUGCUGAGCUCGUCUCGUGUCUGAAACGAAGUCUCGCUAGACUUCUUGUAAUAAUUGUCUCCCUUGGAUUUGGCAUUAUCAAGCCUCGUUUAGGUGACAUGUUACAACGAGUGCUACUUGUUGGAGGGCUGUACUUUAUUCUCGCUUUGGGCGAAGGGGCCAUUCGUGAAUUAAAGCCUAAGACGACUCCCGACCGGACUCUGUUUUCGUUGUCAAUGUGCCUGGCACUGCUGGAUUCUGCCAUUUGUUACUGGAUAUUUACAUCUCUAGUGCAAACAACACGAACGUUAACGCUUCGCCGAAACAUCAUCAAACUGACCCUGUAUAGGCACUUCACAAAUACGCUUGUCUUUUCAGUACUAGCUUCGGGCGUUUUUUUGGUUUGGGUCGUACUAAACCACCGAAUGAGCGAGUGCAUUUCCGACUGGAAAGAACUUUGGUUUGAUGAUGCGUAUUGGCAGAUUCUCUUCUCAAUCAUCCUGCUUGUCAUAAUGGUGCUUUGGCGUCCGACGAAUAAUAACAAUCGAUUUGCGUUCACUCCAUUACUGGACAAUCCUGAUGACGAAAACGAUCCUAACGAUACAGACACUGCGACCUUACUUGACGUGAGCCAUGUAAAGCAACGACAGAUUGGACCAGGCAAAAACCAGCCUCCAGCUCAGCAGAUAGAAGCUCCUCCCAACGGUUCAAUUGAGGAAGACUUAAAAUGGAUUGAAGCACACGUGCCAACGGAUGCGGCUCUCGGCAAGCUUGUCGAUUCCGAAGAAGAGAUACUUACUGUACAGUUCGAACGCAACAAGAUGCUAUAGAUGAGGUGUUGAAGGCACGCGUUAGUGAUAUGGUAGUCAUGAAUGUGCUUUCACGGCAAAAGGUGACGAUAUAAUCCGUGAUCAAGGCGCACGCGGUUUUCCUCCGAGGGACUGAAUGCUUGUGGGCGGAACGGAUCACACCAUGUGCACAGCUGCGUUGCAUUUGCUCCGCUGAGUACAACUUUGAGGAUUCAUUCUUGUUUCCUCAACACCAAUGUGCACUGAGCAUAUAUAGUCAAGCAGCGCAUUUUUAUGCUAAUAGAAAGCCUCUGAGCUGCGUUACGUUGUUGAGUUAAGCUCCACUCAAUAUAACUCGUUGAAAAAAGACAAUGCAGUAGACGUAAAUUUCUGGACGCUUUUUUACAAUACGGAUUGCGACUUCACCUAUCAAUUAAUCUUUUUUAUAGUCAUGUUCUAAUAAUCUUCAGUUAAGUCUUCCUAAUUAACUUCUAAGUCGAUUGGCCUUUAAUACCGAUUGACUCUGUUCCUAGCUAAUCAUUGUAAUGACAGUAGCUACGUAAUGCCAUUCUGCUGAAAUAUGUAGCGGGAUAUAUAUUGCAGGAUGAAUAGUUACCUACUGUUAAAUAAUGCCACAUUCAAAGCAUCAAUAUUUUUACAUCUUGUAAGAUCCCUGCAUAAUCUGCUGAAACGUCAAACUCAAAACUUUCGCUUUUUUGCUCUGGCAACUAAUUUUUCUAGGACAAGUGAAACGGCAAAUAUUCAACGAUACAACAAGGCAAGGACAUGAUGAAUACUAAUCAAAUAUGAUUGUCUGAGGAGUUAAGGUUGACGGCAAACCAGUUUAGAUGGCCUUAACAGCCUCAGUAGGAGCCAAAUCUAAUGUAAAAGCUGCAUUAAAUUAACGAGAUUCCACCGAAGUGCACCAACUGAUUUCGAACAUGUUUAAAUCUAGCAUCCAGGUGAGGUCUUUUAAAAAACAAAAGUCAGAGAAAACUGCUGAAUAUAUAUAACUGAUACGCGAGACGAGCACGAAUAUCUAUACACGAAAUGUGCAUUGUUAACGUAGACGUAAAUGCUUAGAUAUAUAUAUGAAUGAAAUAUUUAUUACUUUACUAUUAGUAUUCCCACUAUUUAAUGUUUUAGAUAACUUUUAGUUAGAGCAACCCGAUUCGACGGAGUGAUAUAUAAAAAUAAUUAAAAACCUUUAUCUGGUCAGGGGACGCCUAAAAUCGCGAUGAUUGAACCACUUGCUAGUUUUCGGGAUAAUUAUCGAACCUAAUUAAUUAAGUAGGAAUUACUUGUUUCGUAGCCCUGUUUCGCAAGCUUUUUCGUUUAUAAAAUGUGCCGCUGAACUGAGAAGCUCGUAACAGUUCCUAUGUAAGUGUCUGUGUGUUUUAGAAUUUAAAUAAGCUGGCUUUUACCAAUGUCCAUUUGUAGCCUUUCAAUAAGAAAAGACACAUAGAAUGUUGUCUGUGAAUAAUGCGAUCAUUUCUGUCUAGUCGGAAAAAAGCUGCUGGUUUACGUAGUUGGAUUGUUUCAUCAUCUACUGUUUGCAUGCUUGCUUUUCAUGCAUAUGUUAUACUUCACGCUGGCGGCACCAACCAAUAUACCGUCUCCUUAGGAGGUAGCAAGCAAACUAGUUACGAUAGAAUAGUGGAUGUAUAGACCUUGCAUAGGCGGCGGAAAAUUUCUUUUUCCUAUAAUACUUUUCACUAGUAGGGACGAUAAUGAUGCGGUUUAUUUGAACUAGAUAAUAGCUCGCGUCAGGCGAACUGUAGAUGUAGGGCUGAUAUUCGGACAACAGCAAAAGUUGGAAGAGAUCAGCAAAAG